AUGGCAGACAACGAUGUACUCGAUAUCCUGGGCCAAACCCCAGGCCUUUACAAGCUGUACACCCAAAUUUCCUCAAUCUACCCCGUCUCCGAGCCCUCGUGCCAUGACAGCAUCAUCGAUACUUUGACGAACGGCCUCGACCGAUUGGCAAAAUGUUUCCCGUGGCUUACUGGCCAUGUUGUUAAUGAGGGCGCAGGGGAAGGUAACACGGGCAUCUUCAGAAUCAUCCCUCUCGACAAAAUCCAGCUCGUGGUGAAAGACCUACGAAAUGACCCCUCCGCGCCGACGAUGGAAAGUCUGCGCCAUGCCAAGUACCCGUUCACAAUGCUCGACGAGAAAAUGAUUGCGCCUUGCACAACUCUCAAUCUACCCGGCAAUCCGCCAAGCAUCGCGACCGAGUCGGCAUUGGUCUUCUGUGUCCAGGCAAAUUUUAUCGAGGGCGGUCUGAUCCUCACAAUCGUCACUCAGCAUAAUGUCAUGGACCUGACUGGUCAAGAUUCUAUUACUAGGCUAUUGUCCAAGGCUUGCCACAAUGAGCCCUUCACAAGCGAGGAGCUCGCAGUUGGAAACAUGAACCGGAGUCGGAUCAUUCCUCUAUUAAAUGAGUCGUAUACACCGGGCCCUGAGCUCACUCACCAGACUGUGAAACCAAAGCCAGUCGAUGACGCUGGUUCAGAGCGCGCGGUACCCCCGAAGUCUACUUGGGCUUACGUUGAGUUUUCUGCUGCCCAGCUUGAGUUUCUCAAGACUCUUGCCUUGAAUACAUUGCCGCCCUCCACAGAAUUUAUCUCGACGAACGAUGCGGUCAGCGCGUUUGUGUGGCAGUCCAUUGCCCGAGCCCGGGCGCCUCGUCUGGAAGCGAGCUCUGAGUCAAUGCUCACUCGAGCUGUUGAUAUGAGACAGCGCUUGGGAGUUCAUAAAGACUAUCCGGGACUGCUCCAGACUCUGACAUACAACUCCGAUACGAUCAAGAAGCUAUCAGAAGAGCCAUUGGGUGUCGUUGCCGCACAACUUCGGUCCCAGCUUGAUCCUGCGAAGAAUGAUCUCGCAUUCAAGACUCGUGCCCUUGCUACGGUUAUGAGUCGCUCGGCGGACAAGUCUAAGACUAGCUUCACCGCCACGGUUAAUGCUUCAACGGAUUUCAUGCUCAGUUCGUGGUCGAGCGUCAGCUGCUAUGAACUCGAUUUCAAUCUGGAUCUAGGAAAGCCUGAAGCCGUGCGAAGGCCUUGCUUUACUCCCUUUGAGGGUUUAGGGUAUUUGAUGCCUCGGUCACCUGCUGGGGAAAUGCCCGUUGCGAUCUGUUUGAGAGAUGAAGAUUGGCAGCGGCUGAAAGCAGACGGGGAGUUUACACGAUAUGCCACGUACAUUGGGUAA